CGACCUUUGACAUUUACGCGCCAAAGGGAAUCAGCUGAUCGGCGGUCCUUGUUUUUUUGUCCCGUGUUUUUUGGUUGAGUCAAGAUCAUGUGAUGGGAUUGUUAGCUAAGUCAUACGGAGCUGUUUCCCAAAAUCCAGUUGUCUAUUAAACAGACAGGCUCGGAAUUCUUCACCACUGGAUCCUGAGGCCUCUGCACACGGGACCGAGAGCCAUGCUCGCCGCCGUGGGAGUGUGUGUCGUUUUCGCGGGAUUCUCCGCCGUCCUGUCGCAGCCUUUCAACGGGGUGCACUUGGAGCCAGACCAGAGCACAAGAGUUCCUGAUGGCUGGAGGCGGAUUGAGCGGGUUGGAGAGAGUGAAAGUGUUUUGCUGACCUUUGCCCUGAAGCAGCAAAACCUGGACAAACUGGAGAAGCUGUUCUGGAGGGGGUCAGACCCAGAGGAUGAGAGAUAUGGCAAGUACCUGAGUCUAGAAGACAUCACUUCCCUGGUGGAGCCAUCCAAGGAGACUGUGGAGAUGGUGGGGAGGUGGCUGAGGGGGUCAGGGGUCACGGACUGUACCACUGUCCUCACCAGGGACUUUGUGGAGUGUUCUAUGCCAGCAAGGAAAGCAGAGAGGCUGCUGGGAGGAGUGAAGUUCCACAGGUACACUGAUGGGAAGCAAACAGUCAUCAGGUCUGAGGUAAAAUACCUCGUACCCAGACACCUCAAGGACCAUCUGGACUUUGUUGGUGGAGUCCACAGGUUCCCCUCAGGGUUCAGACUUCAGGUGAAAGAGAAGAUUUACCAACCAAACUUCCACCUGGGGGUGUAUCCAAGCAUCAUCCGGGGAAGGUACAACUUAUCGGAGACUGACGUGGGCUCUGAUCCCAAGAAUGCCCAAGCUGUAGCCCAGUUUCUUGAGCAGUUCUACCAUGCCACCGAUCUGGAAGAGUUCAUGCGCCUGUGGGGGGGAGGCUUCCCCCACCUGACAAAGACUGACAAGGUGGUAGGUCCCGACAGCGGGGGUGCCGGGUUGGAGGCCAGCCUGGAUGUGCAGUACAUCAUGAGCAGUGGUGCCAACAUAUCAACAUGGUUCUGGAGUACUGCAGGUCGACAUGAGUCCCAGGAACCGUUCCUGGUGUGGCUGACAGGCAUCAGUAACAUGACAUCAGUACCCUGGGUCCACAGUGUGAGCUAUGGGGAUGAUGAGGACUCCCUGUCUACAGACUACAUGCAAAGGAUCAACACAGAGUUCAUGAAGGCUGGCACCAGGGGACUCACCAUUCUGUUUGCUUCUGGGGACAGUGGUGCAGGGUGCAGAGAAGUCUCAAAAGACACUAAUGUCUUCAGGCCCAGCUUUCCUGCAUCAAGCCCAUAUGUGACCACAGUUGGAGGAACCAUGUUUCACUCACCAUAUGAGGUUGGAGACGAGGAUGCAGACUACAUCAGUGGGGGAGGGUUCAGUAACAUCUUUGACAUGCCAGACUACCAGACGAGUGCAGUGGAGAGUUACCUGAACAAGAGCACCAAGUUACCGCCGAAAUCAUAUUACAACGCGACAGGCCGAGCGUACCCGGACGUCGCUGCCCUGUCCGACAACUACUGGGUCGUCAUGGACCUGAUACCCACCCCCUUUAUCUCUGGAACCUCUGCUGCUACUCCAGUGUUUGCUGGGAUUCUGUCCCUGAUAAAUGACCUGAGGUUCCAGCAAGGGAAGCCUGCUCUGGGAUUCUUCAACCCUUUACUGUACAAGUCUGGAUGGGAAUAUCUAUAUGAUGUGACCGUGGGUUGUAACCUGGGUUGUCUGGACGACCUGACCAACCUCCAGGGGUUCUGCCCCACGGAAGGCUGGGACCCUGUCACUGGGUGGGGCACCCCCAACUUCACCCUGAUGAAGAAACUGGUCUAAACAAACCGUUACACUUGAAAUAUAACAAUAUGUGUAAUAAGACAAACGUUUUGGUCAUGGUUAGUUCUGACAUUUUCUUUCAUGGCUCAGAAGAAAACAAUUCUUGGAUGGCAGUUUGUGAUGUAUAUUACACACAGUCAUAUAUUAGAUAACUUCAACCCAAAGGCCACCAUGUUUUGAAUAAGAUGAUUAAUCAAAACUAAGAGAAUAGAUACAUCAUCUGUAACAUGCAUAUGUCAGAUAGCCAGGUCACAGUUCAAGACAUUAGAAUACCUUACCAUUCACUGUAGUGGUCUUAUGGUACACAAAGAAAUGGGGAGAGUUGAUGUUAGAUGUAAAGUGUAACAACUUUUGUUAAACAUUUAGGAGUCUGUUAUGGCAACCUGUACUUUCAGAAGAUCUGAAAAAGAGCAAAAAGAAUUCCUGUGAUCAGUGUGCUGCUAUAUUUUGUAUAAUCAUGUCCUUGAAAAAGAAUUUAGACCCCUUUGCAACAUGAACAAUUAUGAGUGUUAAUUUUGUCAGUAUCAUGUAUUGUAAAUGUGGUAUGAGCACAGUUUCUUGAAAUACACCAACGUUUCAGGUGUGUUUUGACGACUGAAAAAACUAUCAAAUCUAACAUAGCUCAAAGUAAUUUUCAAAGCCAUGUGUGAAUUUGAGACUCAAUUUGCAUUAUAGGUAAUAGUGAAAAGAAAAGAUUUUGCUUACACUUUUAACGUCAGACAGCCUUGUGUCAAACAAUAUCAAUUACAUAUUAGUUGGACUUUCUAUAACAUGUUAAGAUAAGAUAUACACAGUCAUGUAAGUGUUAAGUCAAGUCAAGUUUCAGACAAUUUUUUUCAAACCCAUUCCUGUUUGUGAAAUGAGUACAAGGUCGCCUGCCCAAAGAAGGCUACUUAUGGGAAUAUCUUUUAGGAUUACGGGGUUGCAUAAUGGCGAUGCUAAUGUAUCUGGAAGACCGUUGACAAAUUAAAGUAUGCUGCUUUUUUUGACAUUAUUAACUUUGAUUUCUAGAAGUCAAAGAUGCCAAUCAAGAGGUCCUUGUAUCCGUAUCUUUCAACACGGAAAUAAAAGGACAGCGCAUGUUUCUAUGGAGAUAUCACAA